CGGGCUAAGAGGGCUCUGAGCCUGGGCGCUGUGAUUGGGAGAGGCGGAGGGAGCCGGGCCGAGCCGGGUGUGCGCCGCACGAAAAUGCACUCGGAUGCCGCGGCUGUCACUUGCAGUACACCUUUGUAUUAGGAGUGAAGAAAAGGCUUGCUCCAAGAAUAUUUGCUGGGUAACUGAUAUGAUGUUCUUAACGGUGGAAAUUGUUGGCAAGCAUCAUUUACAUUGAUUGAAUACCAGAAGUGUGCAUUUGCUUGUGUUAGAGAUUUUCAGCUGAAUUCUCAUCUGUCAACACUGGCAAAUAUUCACAAGAUCUACCACACUCUGAAUAAGCUGAAUCUGACAGAAGACGUUGGUCAAGACGAUCACCAGACAGGAAGUCUUCGAUCUUGCAGUUCAUCAGACUGCUUUAGUAAAGUGAUGCCUCCAAGGAAAAAGAGGAGACCUGCAGCAGGAGAUGAUUUAUCUGCUAAGAAAAGUAGACAUGAUGGCAUGUAUAGAAAAUAUGAUUCAACUAGAAUAAAAGCAGAGGAAGAAGUCUUUUCAAGUAAGAGGUGCCUAGAAUGGUUCUAUGAAUAUGCAGGAACUGAUGAUGUUGUGGGUCCUGAGGGCAUGGAGAAAUUUUGUGAAGACAUUGGAGUUGAACCAGAAAAUGUAGUUAUGCUUGUGUUAGCUUGGAAAUUGGACGCACAAAACAUGGGUUACUUUACGUUGCAAGAAUGGUUAAAAGGAAUGACAUCACUGCAAUGUGAUACAACAGAAAAACUAAGGAAUUCCUUGGAUUACUUAAGAACUUUAUUAAAUGAGCCAACAAAUUUUAAACUUAUUUAUAGAUAUGCAUUUGACUUUGCACGGGAGAAGGACCAGCGCAGCCUAGACAUAAAUACUGCCAAGUGCAUGUUGGGGCUUCUGUUAGGAAAAACAUGGCCUCUUUUUCCAGUAUUCCAUCAGUUCCUAGAGCAAUCAAAAUACAAAGUUAUCAACAAGGACCAAUGGUGCAAUGUUCUAGAAUUCAGCAGAACAAUUAACCUUGACCUCAGUAAUUAUGAUGAAGAUGGAGCCUGGCCAGUGUUGUUGGAUGAAUUUGUGGAGUGGUAUAAAGGAAAACAGAUGACAUAGGAAUUUAACUAUGCAGAGCUGCUCAAGAGUCACUGUUACCACAGUUAUGUCAACCAUUAGCCAUAAACUGCUGUUUGUAUCAAAGUGCAUGCUGCUUUUCUUGCACUGUAUCCCUUUUGCAGGGAACUUUCGGUGUUUGCUAUUUAACAGGCCAGCUCUGCUUGCUGUGUAGCAUUGUUCUCUUUGAAAGCUGCUUUGCAUUUUGUAUUUACACUACAAAUUGGUGAACUUGCCAGCGUCCUCACUGUGAUUAUGUGUAUAUUGCUGUCUAAAUUUUGUAUAUGUGUAUAAAAAUGCUUCACCUAGGGAUUAUUUCCGCAGAAAUGUAUUGUAAAAAUAAUUUUGUGGCAUAUUUCUAGUCACCUUCAAUGAAUAUGUAACUUUUAUUUUAUCUUUUUUUUUCUUUUGGUCUCAAAUGUAGCAUUUCAGAAAAGACAUACAAAAAACUAGAACUCUUGGUUCCAAAAUGAUACCUUUUAUUAGACCAACUGGAAAAUGGCAA